AUGCCACCAAGAACAAUGUUAAAGGGUAAGCCCAAGGACAAGGCUUUACUCAGAAUGAACGCAGUCAAAGUUGAGCAGACCAAUUCUGCCAGACGUCUCCAAAAGGAUCUUAAAGAACUGGAGGACAGUCAAAUCCCACUCGUCGGAGUUUCAGCCAGACCACUAUCAUCUUCACUUUUCAUCUGGCACGGUAACCUCAGAGGACCUGAGGGCACCCCCUUCGAAGGAGGAGUGUUCCAUAUAGAACUUACAUUCCCUCAAGAUUAUCCCGCCUCACCCCCAAAGGUUAAGCUCUUCACUGUUAUUAACCAUCCAAACGUUAUUGGAGGAACAGAAAUUUGCUUAGAUAUCUUAGACAUAUCAAAGAAAGAAAUCUAUCAGGGUUGGACAACUGCAUACACAGUUGAGACCAUUCUCAUUCAACUCCAAUCAUUCUUGUUUGAAGAGCUCCCAGCAGACAUGCUCAAAAUAGUUCAAGCUGGAAACAAAGAAAUUGUAAGAAACGCCAACGCUUUCAGAUGUUCCCACCCAGAGUGCAAUCAUCAAGGCCCCAUCAAGCCAUUCCCACCCUUCAACAACAAAGAGAAAGACUUGGAGCAGUUCAUUAUGGUCAAGACUUCCGAAGAUCUCUUGGGAGAGGAGCUAACCUGCUUCCAUACCAAACUCAGAGUCAAGGAAACUUCACUCGGUAUCGGUGUUUCUAUUAACAGACUCCCCAGAACUGGAGAGAUCAGAAUGAUCACUCCCACUCUCGAUUUACUCUCUAUGAGAGCCUUCGUUAAGCACAAAGUCAGACAUUCACUCUCAAAUGAAAAGUUUACUCAUUGGCUCCCACUCUAUUUCGGAGAGAAGGACAUUAUUGAGACUAAAAGAAAGGUUUACGAGCCAGCAACUAAAUAAAUGGAGUCUAAAACAGUCACCAUCAACUGCAAGGAAAGAUUGAUACAUCUUUUAAAGAAGUCAAUAGCAUUCAUCUGCACCGGCUCAACCAGAAAGCCAUUCAAGGGCUCUAUGAUAAUUGAAGUUUUGCCAAAACUUAUCAUCACUCACGUUGCUGACUUGAUUGCUGAAUUCAAGCACGUCUCCAUCCUAGCAAUCAGAAGACUCGUGAAUUUCAUCAGACUAUUCAGACUCUUGAUCGAUUUAUACCCAGAAGUUGAGCAAGAAAUUGAUCAGAAAGUGCAACAGUUUAUCUAGGAAUCAGAUAAGAGACAUAAAGACCACACCAGCUCCCUCGGAGAUCUUCUUGCCUACAUCACUGUAAGCAAAAAGUUCAAGAUUGAGGACUUGAUGCCAAGUUAUCUUGAGGAGCAAAUGGACAGAUAAGCCUUCUGGAUCUUGAAGGAAAUCCCAGAACUUGAUCACACUGAUCCAAAGUAUAAGGACAAGGAUAUUAUAGUCGAAGAAGCUAGAUCAGAGGUCUGCUUCAAGACAGGAGUAGUUGGAUUCCACAUCACCUUGUUCUUCUACUUUCUUAACAAGACUGUGACUGAGGCAAACGGCAAGGAUUUGGAAAAAUUCUGUAAGAUGCUUGACUCCCAUCAUGGGUGUUUGGACUUCAAAGUUGAGGAUAAGUUCCAAAAGAAAUGCUUCGAGAUUCAACAAGUCAAAUCUUUCCUCAAAUACUACCCAAUGCUAGGAAUUCCAAUGCCAGAUGAUGCUGCUCUUAGAGAGAGACUAAAGAAAGCCAUUGAGAAUUCAAGAUCUAAAAAGUAUCACGGCAAUGAUGAUGGUUUCAGUGAGUUACCAAAGAUUACUGAAUAAGCAAUCUAACUUCUUGACCAAGGUGUUAAGACACUCGAAUACUAUGAUGAAAACUCAAAGACUUUCUUGAAUGAAGAAGAUCCUAAAUGGCAAGAUGCUGUCUUCACAAAGUUCUAAUGGAUUAAGAAUAUCCAUAGCAACACCGCAGCUGGCAAAAAACUCAGUCCAAGAGACUAUGCUCUGUUAAGUGAUGACGAUGCAAUUGAAACAAAAGAUUUUAAUACUGUUAAGAAUAGCAAUGACAGACUCAGGAAGCAUAUCAAAAAUAUUAACGGUGCUGAUCAUUAUGACAAUAUCAAGGUAGCUACCCUUGUCGAAGACUAUCCUCCUACCUUCACAUGGAGAGAUCUUUUCUUCAAACUCUGCUUCGAACAGAUGAUCACCUAUUUCCCCCAACACCAAGACUUCAAAUUAUUCUACAACUAUAUUGAUGUGCUUGGACCAUACAUCCAGACUCUCAGAAUCAAGAUCUUGGACAAGAAGCACUUUAAGUCAAACAACUACUACUUGAUGGUUCUUGUUGGAAGAAUGAAGAACCUCAAGAUCUUAAAGAUCCACAAAGACUCAAUCGUCUAUCUUGGACUUGAUGGCUUCAAGUAUCUCUAUAAGGGUUUCAAGUAUUUCCAAGAUAAUGGAGGCAGUAUUAUGAAGCUUCAAAUCAACCAAAUCCUCGGUGCUCAUGAUGACUAUCUCUACUAAAUUCUCAAGACUCUUCCCGAGCUCAGAGUUCUUAAGAUCAACAACCAACAGUUGACUCUAAAGGACGCUCAAACAAUUGGUAAGGUUCUCUCAGACUUCAAGAACAUUCAAGAGCUCGACCUUACUUAAACUUACCUUGAUCACAGCAAGGCCAAAGAAAUCGCUGAUGGACUUAUGAGAGCCAAGUAACUUCAGGUUAUUAAGCUUGGAAAGAAUCCAAGUAUUGGCAAAGGAGCUGAUUCAAUUAUCUACAAUCUCGCCUUCUCACCAAAGAUCACUCACAUUGAUUUCUCUGAUGACUCAUUGACUCAACCAGAUACAGCUGAAGCUAUCUACAAACUAGUCAAGAUCUCAGGAUCAUUAGAAACUCUUAUUCUAAAAAACACUCAAAUUAACAACUACUUAAAGGAGGAAUUCUUUAUUGCCCUAGGAGAAAACAAGACUUUGAACUACUUAAAUUUGGAUUCAGCCAGCUAUAUGGGAACAAAUCAAGUUCAAUGGUUAGCAAAAGCUUGCGCAAUGAACCACAAAAAGAAUGGAAACUUGAAGACUCUCUCUCUCUAGACAGUCUUCUAGACUUAUCUGAUCGCCAACCAAUUCUUUGAGGCUUUCAAGAUCUCAGAGCACUGUCAUGAACUCUGGUAUGGAGAUAAGAAAGUUGCCAAAGACAUGCAAAAGGAGCAACUCGAGAAGAAGUUCCAAUGCGGUUUGACUUAUCUCAACAUUCAAUCAUCAAUGCUGACUGGAAACAACUUCAAAUUUAAGGAACUCUCUAAAAGAACUCACCCAACAUGGCCUCAGAUCAUGAACUUAUUCGUUCAAAAGUCAAUGCAAGUGCUUGACUUACAACUUUGCUAAAUGAAUAAAAACGAUAUUGAUUUACUUUCUCAUUGUCUAAGUGCAAACCCACUUGGAACUUGUACUCUCUAAGUAUUAAACUUAAGCAGAAAUAAUAUUCUAAAGGAAGGUGCCAAGACCUUGGCUGGCGCACUUGAGAAUAAUAACUCCAUCAGAACACUUGACUUAUCUCAAUGCAAACUUGGAGUCUCAGGAACCCAAGCUCUAGCUUAAGCACUUCAAAAGAACCAGACCCUCGAGAAUCUCAACCUCUACAGAAACAAAGUUGAUGUAGAUGGAGCAAGAUGCUUAAGAGAACUACUCAAAGUCAACAAGUCCCUUAAAUUCUUAGACGUUGGUCACAAUAGACUAAGAGAAAAGGGUAUCAAGGCCCUGACUGAAGGUAUCGUCUCUAACCCAGACUCAAAGAUCACCUCUCUUGGUCUCAGAUUCAACUUCAUCAAUGAUGAUGGCUUCGACUACUUCUUCAAGGAGGCUAUUUUCAACAAAAACUCAAAGAUUGAUCAUGUUUACAUUCUCCAGAACUACCUCAGCGAGCACUUCACCAUCCAACUAGCUUCAAAGGUCGAGCAACUUGGACUUCACCUCUACGUUGACGGUUUCGAGAAACUUCAAUAUCUCAACCAAGAGAGACUCGACAGAUCAAUUUGGAUUUCCCCAAUUGUCACUUCUCACCUCUCAACCCCAGAGAUCUACUUGAAAUUCUUCUAGCAAGACUUCGAGUGCGGCUUAAUUAAGGACAUCAGAAUCAGAAAGGGUCAAAAGAUCCCAGGAAAGCCCAGAGAAAACUGCUACGCCAUUGUUGAGUAUGCUCACAUCAACAGUGUGCCUAGAAGUCUCAGGCUUGCUUCUAAGAAGAAGUCAACUCUUCAAGGAAACAGAUUCAGAAUUUACAAGGCUGGCACCAGAACCAUUGUCUUUGUAAGACCACAAAAGAGAAGAUGA